CUCCCUCCACCGGAAGUGGGCGGCCGCGCUGCGGGAGGAGCCGGCGGGAGCUUAGUGGCUGCGGGCUGUGGGCGCUGGGUCCGAGGGGAUCGCGCUUCCUCCUCCGCGCCCGCGUCAUGGCGAAGGCUGGCGACGUGGUGCGGCUGCUCCUGGGCUCCACCGCGCUCUGGCUCUCGCUGCUCGGCGCGCGGACCGCCUCCGCGUCCAAGGCGGUGACUGUCAACUUGGCCGCGAAGUGGCCGGAGACCCCGCUGCUGCUGGAGGCCAGUGAAUUUAUGGCAGAAGAAAGUAAUGAAAAAUUUUGGCAGUUUUUGGAAACUGUACAAGAAUUAGCAAUUUAUAAACAAACAGAAUCAGAUUAUUCUUACUACAACUUAAUCCUGAGGAAAGCUGGACAGUUUUUAGACAAUUUACAUAUCAAUCUCUUAAAGUUUGCUUUCUCUAUAAGGGCAUACUCUCCAACUAUUCAGAUGUUUCAACAGAUUGCAGCUGAAGAGCCUCCACCAGAUGGCUGUGAUGCAUUUGUGGUUAUCCAUGAGAAACGCACGUGUAAAGUUAGUGAGAUUAAAAAGCUGCUGAAGAAGGCUACUUCAAGGCCCAGACCUUAUCUGUUUAAAGGAGACCACAAAUUUCCUACAAACAAAGAGAACUUACCAGUGAUUAUCCUCUAUGCAGAAAUGGGUACCAGAGCAUUUCGUAAAUUUCACACAGUUUUGUCUGAAAAAGCUCAAAAUGGGGAAAUUCUUUAUGUUCUUCGGCAUUAUGUUCAGAAACCAGCCUCACAGAAAAUGUACUUAUCUGGCUAUGGUGUGGAGCUAGCGAUUAAGAGUACAGAAUACAAAGCAUUGGAUGAUACCCAAGUCAAAACUGCGACUAAUACUACUGUAGAAGAUAUUACUGAAACAAAUGAAGUUCAGGGAUUUCUCUUUGGGAAAUUAAAAGAAAGAUAUUCAGAUCUUAGAGAUAAUCUGACAACAUUCCAAAAAUACCUGAUUGAGAGUAAUAAAGAAAUGAUGCCUUUGAAAGUCUGGGAACUACAAGAUCUUAGUUUUCAAGCAGCUUCUCAAAUAAUGUCCACUCCAGUUUAUGAUGCCAUAAAAUUAAUGAAGGACAUUUCGCAGAACUUCCCCAUAAAAGCCAGAUCUCUGACCAGAAUUGCUGUAAAUCAACGUAUGAGGGAGGAAAUACAGGAAAAUCAAAAGCAUCUUCAAGAUAGAUUUGAAAUUCAGCCAGGCGAUGCUGGUCUGUAUAUAAAUGGACUUCAUAUUGAUAUGGAUUCUUAUGAUCCUUUUAAUCUUUUGGAUAUGCUGAAACUAGAAGGAAAAGUGAUGAAUGGCCUUCGCAAUCUUGGGAUCAGAGAAGAACAUAUGAGCGAAUUUUUAAAGUUAAGCUCAAAUGGUUGGGAAGAUACCUAUGCAUUAGAUAUUAGACAUUCUUCCAUAAUGUGGAUUAAUGACUUAGAAACUGAUGAUAUGUAUGUUACGUGGCCUUCAAGUUGCCAGGAACUCUUGAAGCCAGUGUCCCCUGGAAGUGUACCUUUCAUAAGGCGUAAUUUUCAUAAUUUGGUUCUAUUUAUUGAUCCGGCUCAAGAAUAUACCGUGGACUUUAUAAAACUUGCUGAACUCUUCUUUUAUCAUAAAAUUCCUCUUAGAAUUGGUUUUGUGUUCAUUGUUAAUACAGAUGAUGAAGUUGAUGGAAAAAAUGAUGCUGGAGUUGCUCUUUGGCGAGCUUUCAACUAUAUUGCAGAAGAGCAUGAUGUAUCACAAGCAUUUAUUUCCAUAGUACACAUGUACCAAAAAGUAGAGAAUCACAGUAUACUCACUGUGGACAAUGUGAAGGGUGUUCUCCAAAAUGAAUUUCCUCAUGCUAAUAUUUGGGAUAUUUUGGGAAUUUAUUCUAAAUAUGAUGGUGAAAGAAAGGCAGGAGCAAGCUAUUACAGGAUGACUGGCCUGGGUCCUUUGCCUCAAGCUCUUUAUAAUGGUGAAUCCUUUCACCCUGAAGAGCUGAAUAUUAGGGAACUAGAAAUGGCUGUUCUUCACAGAAUGAUGGAUGAAACUGCAUAUUUACAAAAGGAAGUUUUUAUGGGUACAUUAAAUGAUCGAACAAAUGCAAUUGACUUCCUUAUGGAUAGAAAUAAUGUUGUGCCCCGUAUAAAUCCUUUGAUUUUGUACAAUAAAUGGCAGUACCUUAAUUUAAUAUCUACAUCAGUAACUGCUGAUGUUGAAGAUUUCUCCACUUUCUUCUUCUUGGAUUCACAAGAUAAGAGUGCUGUAAUUGCAGAGAACAUGUAUUAUGUCACCCAGGAAGAUGAUGUAAUUUCUUCAGUUACUUUCUGGAUUAUUGCUGAUUUUGACAAACCAUCUGGGAGAAAACUGCUUUUUAAUGCAUUAAAUCACCUGGAAAUAAGUGUUCAUGGUCGGUUGGGAGUUAUUUAUAAUCCUACAUCAAAAAUAGAUGAAGAUAACACAGCUAUUUCCAGAGGAAUUCUGGCAGCUUUUCUUACACUGAAAAACAGCUUUUUGAGAAACUUUCUCAGGAAACUGGCAGAGGAAGAAACUGCUACAGCUAUUUACUCUGGAGAUAAAAUUAAAACAUUCCUUACUGAGGGAAUGGAUAAAAAUGCUUUUGAGAAAAAAUAUAAUACCAUCGGAGUGAAUAUUUUUCAAACUCACCAGUUGUUCUGUCAAGAUGUACUUAAAUUGCGUCCUGGAGAAAUAGGUAUUGUCAGCAAUGGGAAAUUCUUAGGACCUUUAGAUGAAGAUUUCUGUGCAGAAGAUUUUUACUUGUUGGAAAAGAUAACAUUGACUAAUUUAGUAGAGGAAAUUGAAGCCAUUGUUGAAAAUACAGAAGUCAACUCAAAGAACCUGAGUGACCUUGUUAUGAAAAUCGAUGCCCUUGUUUCCUCUUUACCUAAACAUGCAUCUCGGUAUGAUAUCACAUUUCUUGAGGAGAAUCACAGCAUUAUAAAGAUAAAUUCUCAGGAGAGUGAUAUGUCCUUUGAUGUCAUUGCUAUUGUUGAUCCAUUGACAAGAGAAGCACAGAAGAUGGCACAGUUAUUGAUUGUACUUGGCAAGAUUAUCAACAUGAAGAUAAAAUUGUUCAUGAACUGUAAGGGUAAGCUUUCAGAAGCCCCUUUGAAGAGCUUUUACCGUUUUGUUCUGGAACCGGAACUGAUGUUACCACCUAAUGAUGUUACUGGACCAGUGGCAAAAUUCUUGGAUAUCCCUGAAUCACCCCUUCUAACCCUCAACAUGAUUACUCCUGAAAGCUGGUUGGUUGAAACAGUACACAGCAACUGUGACCUUGAUAAUAUUCAUUUAAAGGAUAUUGAGAAAACUGUCACAGCAGAAUAUGAACUAGAAUAUCUACUGCUCGAAGGACAUUGCUUUGACAUAAUCACAGAAGAACCUCCUUGGGGUCUGCAGUUUACACUGGGCACAAAAAAUAAACCUGUUGUGGUUGAUACAAUAGUGAUGGCCAAUCUUGGAUAUUUUCAAUUAAAAGCAAACCCAGGUGCUUGGAUACUGAAAUUACGCCAAGGAAAAUCUGAAGACAUCUAUCAAAUAGUUGGGCAUGAAGAAACUGACUCUCAGCCAGACCUAGGAGAUGUCAUUGUUGUGUUAAACAGCUUCAAAAGCAAAAUACUGGAAGUACAAGUACAAAAAAAGCCAGACAGAAUUCAGGAAGAUAUCCUUUCUGAUAAAGAUGAAAAAAAAGGAGUGUGGGAUUCCAUUAAAAGUUUCGCAAGGAGGCUGCAUAAAAAAGAAGACAAUGAGGAAACAGACGUUCUAAACAUUUUUUCAGUUGCUUCUGGCCAUUUAUAUGAACGCUUUUUAAGAAUUAUGAUGCUUUCUGUUUUACGGAACACCAAAACACCAGUGAAGUUCUGGUUUCUUAAAAAUUAUCUCUCACCAACAUUUAAAGAGGUGAUCCCUCACAUGGCUGAGGAGUAUGGAUUCCAGUAUGAACUAGUCCAGUAUAGGUGGCCCCGGUGGCUUCAUCAACAGACAGAAAAACAAAGGAUUAUUUGGGGUUAUAAGAUUCUUUUCCUUGAUGUCCUUUUUCCUCUUGCAGUGGACAAAAUCAUUUUUGUUGAUGCUGACCAGAUUGUCAGACAUGACCUAAAAGAACUUCGAGAUUUUGAUCUGGAUGGAGCUCCUUAUGGGUAUACUCCCUUCUGUGAUAGCCGCACGGAAAUGGAUGGAUAUCGUUUCUGGAAAACGGGAUACUGGGCAUCACAUCUUUUAAGAAGGAAAUACCAUAUCAGUGCCUUAUACGUGGUGGAUCUCAAGAAGUUCAGGAGAAUCGCAGCAGGUGACAGGCUCCGGGGCCAGUACCAAACUCUCAGUCAAGAUCCAAACAGUCUUUCAAACCUAGAUCAGGAUCUUCCCAAUAAUAUGAUUUACCAAGUUGCCAUUAAGUCUCUUCCCCAAGACUGGUUGUGGUGUGAAACCUGGUGUGAUGAUGAAUCCAAACAAAGAGCCAAAACAAUUGAUCUGUGCAAUAACCCCAAAACAAAAGAACCUAAACUAAAAGCUGCUGCCAGGAUUGUCCCAGAAUGGGUGGCGUAUGAUACUGAGAUACGACAACUAUUAGAUCACCUUGAAAACAAGAAGAAAAAUGCAAAAUCAUAGGAUCUUGGGACUGGAGAAGACGUCAGUGUCAUUUGGACCCUGUCCCCUGAAGAAGCUGAUUGAAUAGGGCUGAGGUGAGCGUGGGAAAUCAUGAUUGUCUAAGAAGCUCUCCAGAUGACUCCGGUGAUAAGUGAGGUUUGAGGAACAGCCCCCCUUACCAGGCCCUGCCAGGUGGACCCUCAAGCCAUCUUGGAACCUUCCAGGGCCCCAUGGAAGUGUCUGCCUCUGGAGACUGGCUGGUCCAUCUUUGGACAACUCCGUACACAGUUCCACAGUGAGCCCGAAGCUGUCUACUGGCGGUCUCUACUCUUGCUCCUUUGAGCUCUUCUGAACGGAUCUAAUCCUUCUGUAUUGGAUGGCACGGCCCACAGAGUAUUUGAAAAUCACUACUUUGCCCCCAGCAGCUUCAUUCUUCCUAACAAGAGAUCACAAGGCCUCUCCUUCUCCCUGUAACCUUCCCUUUGUUACUUGUUUGGGUUUGUCUGUGAGAAAAUGGAGUGCUCCAGGUGUGGCCUGGAAUGGAAGUAGAUUAUUCCUGUGGGUUCCAAGGGUGCUGUCAAAGGCUUGAGUGGUAACUCGGCCUGGGGUGAAGACCCCAGUUCCAUGGGGUCUCCGGCUCACUCCUCUUUGGAGUCGGGGCUUGGUGAGAGGUAAGAGACUCUGUAAGCUUCUAGCUUAGGCCAGAUGCUCCAACCCAGCUACCUCCGGUCUGCUGUGGUGCUUUAGGCGGAAGCCCCAGCUGACUGUGAGAUGGGACUUCACGGGGUAAUGGCACCUGAUUUCCACACUUAUUACUAACUACCAUCUGCAAUAUGCUAGAUUCUGUACUUCAUAGAAUAUAAGCUAAAAUUGCAGAAUAAUGUACUUUGUAGCUUGUGAUUUGAAUGGCUAAAGUUACAUGUCUCAUUUCCAGAUGAAUGAUACCUUAUAUCUAAAAAUCCAGACUUAUAAAUAUUUCUUUGCAGGGAGAUUCUUUUAUAAAAUGGCUAAUGUUUACAUCAAGUGCAUGUAGAGCGCAGCGCCAUACAGAGCUCUCCCCUCCUCGGGGACGCGCUAGGGGAACUGAACCGCAGGGCAGCACUCGCGGAGAAGGCCACCAGCUCCGCUGCCCUGAGGGUGCUGGAAGAUAGCCCGAGGCCUUCCACAUACAUUCCUGAUCCUGAAUUCCGGUGUUCAGGUGCAGGCCCUAUAGCAAAUUUUAACAAAAAUCAAAUCCUAGGAGAGAGCAAAGACACACGGUGUUUCCCAUUUUGAGAAGUUACAAUCCACUUCUCCUUCCUCCUUCUCAGAGGAAAGUCGGAACAGAGUGUAUCUGAGAAUUAGGAGAUUUUGAGUUUUAACCAUGAAAAGACAUUUAAGUUUGGGGUAUAAGUUUUGGUAUAAGGUAAACCCAGAAUGUAAGACUGAAGACAGUCCAAAGUCUCCAUGCCUCCCAGAUGCUUUGGUACCAGCGGUUAGACGUUGGAAGUGCCCAUUGAAGACAGUCCAAAGUCUCCAUGCCUCCCAGAUGCUUUGGUACCAGCGGUUAGAUGUUGGAAGUGCCCAUUGAAGACAGUCCAAAGUCUCCAUGCCUCCCAGAUGCUUUGGUACAAGCGGUUAGACGUUGGAAGUGCCCAUCCUUCGGCUCCAGUUAUCCUCAAGUUCAGGGAACCAUGAAGCUCCUAGAGGGAGAGAAGAGAAUACCUCCAGGAAGCACCACAGGCCGUCAGCCUGGGCUUACAAACAAAAUCAGGCUUUUCUUUAAUAGUAAAAAUGCAGUUUGACACAAAUGGGAGCCUGCCCAAAGAAACAGUUGCUCCUGUGGGUCAGGUCCAGCGCCUGGGACGCAACCAGACAGACAGGUGCUACCACCCAGAAGAAGACCCAGAUGAACAGUGUUCAAGGCAGUAGGUAUAUGUCAAGUCAGACUGUCCUUCAGUAACUGAAGCACGGCUAAGAGAAUUUUCUUCUCUGAGAUACAGCAGCAAAGUUGGUGGCAUUUAACUUCCCACUGGAACACAUGAGACUGUUCAUUGAAGGGCUCUGACGUAUGUCUCAGAUCCCUGGUUCGGAGAUCAAACGAGAAGUGCUGACGGAUCCAGGCUCAGUACCAUGAAGUCUCAGUCACUGCCCAGCCCCUGUCUUGCCCACUUCCGUUCAGCAGACUUAAGGGGGUCCUUCUUCUUCCAAAGAACCAAUUGAUUUUAAGAUCUUCCUUUUGGUGGCAAAGUGAGGGAGGUGAGGCACAAAGGUUCAGGACUUCGGUGGUGAGUGUGCAAACAGGCAACUCUGUGAUGGCAGCACGUGGUCACGGGUGCCAGCCCACCCUGUAAGCCCUCAGAAAUGAGUCCAAGUGUUUGUUAGGUAAUGGGACAGCUGCUCCCCAGUUUGCUGUUUAUUAGCCCAGCUUAUCAAAUAUAAAAUUCUGUUUUCUGAGAAAUUCUAGAGUGAAGUCUCCUUUGCUUAGACCCUACUGUUAACAGCUUCGUUUAUAGACUCCAGAUUUGGAGAAUCAUCUUGUCCCCUACAGUUCAUAAUUACUUGAAUUUAAGUGUAUUUCAAUCGUGAUCCUGCCCAACUAUGUAAGGUUUGCAUCCU